AGAACAUCCAUUCAUUCUUCCCUGGGACGGGUUUCUCAUAUCCUCCACUCAAUCUCGUCCCCAUAUUCGCUCCCUCCCCGUUCCCUUGUCUCUCCUGGAAGAUAAUGAGGGUGCGCUAAUCGCUGUUUCACCGCCUGCACCAACUACAACUAAACAUUGGGACCUGACCCGCCCUUACUCGACCAUUGACUCCGACGUCACUUCAACGGGGUCUAAUUCCCAUACAUAGAGCGUGAGAAAGAGAGUCUCAGCAGCUGCAAUUCCUGCAGCCUGUCAUCAUGAGUUACAUGAAGAAAGAUGAGGACGCCGACCAGACUAUGAUCAAGCUGGAUCGGACCUCCGUCUUCCAAGAUGCCCGAUUGUUCAACACCUCACCGAUCUCUCCGCGACAAUGUCGUACCCUUCUGACCAAGAUUGCGGUCCUCCUUUUCACCGGGGAGCAAUUCCCCACGAACGAGGCGACUACGUUGUUUUUCGGUAUUUCCAAGUUGUUCCAGAACAAAGACCCAUCGCUGCGGCAAAUGGUAUAUCUCGUUCUGAAAGAGCUUGCCAACACUGCGGAGGAUGUUAUCAUGUCGACUAGCAUUAUCAUGAAAGACACCGCCGUCGGUAGCGAUGUGCUCUACCGGGCGAACGCUAUCCGUGCUCUGUGCCGCAUCAUCGAUGCCACGACUGUGCAAGGCAUUGAACGAUUGAUUAAGACCGCAAUUGUUGACAAGACCCCUUCGGUCUCCUCCGCCGCCCUGGUCUCUUCGUACCAUCUCCUCCCAAUCGCCCGUGAUGUUGUCCGCAGAUGGCAGAGUGAAACGCAGGAAGCAGCGUCGUCCGGAAAACAAUCGACUGGAUUCCUUGGAUUUGGCGGUAGCUCUACCCAUGCCAUCUCGCAGUCGAACUUCAUGACACAAUACCACGCAAUUGGCCUUCUCUAUCAGAUGCGCUCGCACGAUCGUAUGGCUCUUGUGAAAAUGGUUCAACAGUAUGGUGCUGCUGGUGUGAUCAAGAGCCCGGCUGCACUUGUCCUGCUGGUGCGGUUAGCAGCGAAGUUGGCAGAAGAAGACCAGAGCUUGCGAAAGCCUAUGAUGCAGAUGCUUGAUGGCUGGCUCCGACACAAGCACGAAAUGGUCAACUUCGAGGCGGCAAAGGCUAUUUGCGAUAUGAGGGAUGUUACCGAUGCCGAGGCCUCUCAAGCCGUCCAUGUCCUGCAAUUGUUCCUGUCAUCUCCUCGGGCGAUUACCAAGUUUGCAGCUAUUCGUAUUCUCCAUAACUUUGCAACAUUUAAACCCCACGUGGUGAACGUCUGCAAUCCUGACAUCGAAUCGUUGAUCUCGAACUCCAACCGCUCCAUUGCUACCUUCGCUAUUACCACGCUGCUCAAGACUGGCAACGAGGCCAGUGUCGACCGUCUGAUGAAGCAAAUCUCCGGCUUCAUGGCUGAUAUUACCGACGAGUUCAAGAUUACUAUUGUUGAAGCUAUCCGCACGCUGUGUCUGAAGUUCCCCAGCAAGCAGGCCGGCAUGCUUUCAUUCCUGAGCGGCAUUCUGCGGGAUGAGGGUGGAUAUGAGUUCAAGCGGAGCGUUGUCGAGAGCAUGUUUGAUUUGAUCAAAUUCGUUCCCGAGAGUAGGGAAGAGGCUCUCGCCCAUCUCUGUGAGUUCAUUGAAGAUUGUGAAUUCACCAAACUGUCCGUUCGUGUUCUUCAUCUUCUUGGUGUAGAAGGACCAAAGACUUCCCAUCCUACCAAGUACAUUCGCUAUAUCUACAACCGAGUCGUCUUGGAGAAUGCAAUUGUACGCGCUGCUGCUGUGACAGCCUUGGCCAAGUUUGGUGUUGGACAGAAGGACCCAGAAGUGAAGUCGAGCGUUUCUGUUCUUCUCACACGCUGUCUUGAUGACACUGACGAUGAAGUGCGUGAUCGUGCUGCUUUGAACCUUCGUCUGAUGGCCGAGGAGGAUGAGACAGCGUCGCUUUUCCUCAAGAACGAUUCAAUGUACUCUCUUUCCACAUUCGAGCACCAGCUCGUGAUGUAUGUGACAUCGACAGAGAAAGAAACGUUUGCUGCAGCAUUCGAUGUCUCUACGGUCCCGGUUGUUACCCAGGAGCAAGCGCUGGCCGAGGAACGGACCAAGAAACUCACGACUGCAACCCCGACACUCAAGGCUCCAUCCACCGGCCCCCCGAAGAGCAAGGCCAAUGGUGUUGCCGAAGCCGCCACCGUUGCUGCCACUCAGAAGUACGCAGAGGAGCUUAUGCGGAUUCCCGAGCUCAAGGAGUACGGCACCUUGCUCAAAUCUUCUGUUCCUGUCGAACUUACCGAGAGCGAAACGGAGUACGUCGUCACGGCGGUCAAACAUAUCUUCAAGGAACACAUUGUGGUGCAAUACGAUAUCAAGAAUACUCUGCCGGAUACUGUUCUCGAAGAUGUCACCGUUGUUGCGACGCCCUCCGAGGAAGAUGUUUUGGAAGAGGAGUUCAUUGUACCCGCCCCCAAGCUUGCUACGAAUGAGCCCGGAAUUGUAUAUGUUACGUUCAAGAAACUUGCUGGCGAGAACAGCGUACCAGUCACAUCAUUUACGAAUAUUCUGAAGUUCACCAGCAAGGAGAUCGAUCCUACGAGUGGUGAGCCUGAGGACAGUGGAUAUGAGGACGAGUACCAGGUCGAAGAUCUGGAGCUCACAGGCAGCGAUUAUGUUAUUCCCACUUUUGCUGGCAGCUUCGACCAUGUCUGGGAGCAGACUGGUGCGAAUGGAGAGGAAGAGAGCGAAACGCUGCAACUUAGCAACAUGAAGGGCAUAUCAGAUGCCACCGAACAAUUAAUCUCCGCGCUAUCUUUGCAACCUCUUGAGGGAACUGACGUGGCCCUCAGCAACAGCACACACACGCUUAAGCUCUUUGGAAAGACGGUAUCAGGUGGUCGGGUUGCAGCCUUGAUCAAGAUGGCAUUUUCCAGCAAGACCGGUGUCACAACGAAGAUUACCGUCCGGGCGGAGGAAGAAGGCGUCGCACCGGCUGUGAUUGCAUCCCUUUCCUAA